AUGGAAACUAGGAGCUCAAAGAAACAUGGAAAAGGUCUUAUUGGUGAUGGAGACGAUGCCCAUGAGGUCGGCCUAGGCGGCGCCCAAGGGGCUGAUUUUGGAGGUGGGCAUGGUCUCGGGCUCUUUAUUGAGGGCAACAAUAUUGAUGAGGCAUCGACAGUUGGUGAGAGGAUCGUUGUAGGAAUAAUGGGUGAAGCCAUGAUAGUUGAGGGGGCCAUGGGUGGUGCCCCAUGUAGGAGAGGAGGCAACUUUGGCCUUGUUUCAGGGAUAGGCAUGCGAGGAGCACCCCAGGCGAUGCCAAGGGAGGCUCAGACAGCGCUAGGCCAGGCCAUGGGUGGUGCCCAAGAUGCUGAGGCCCUUGCUCCAAACCAUGGUGGUGACUUGGGUUCGACAAGCGAUUCCAGGAAGUAUGCAGACAAGUUCGGUGACACCUUGGGUAAUGUGAGGAAACGGCUAAGCAAUGACUUGAGCAGACCGAGCUCUCAAG